AUGGAGACGGCGGAGCCCCCGCAGGAAGCCUUGGCCCCCACUGCUGCCAUCCUGGGGUUCAUGAGGGGAAGCCAGGCCCCUGCCCCAGGGCCCGAAGCCCCAGAGAGCCCAUCCUAUGAGGAGGUGGAAGGCCGCAGACACUCAGAGACCUCGUGGGGAGAGCUGAGGAAUGCGAGUGGCUUUCCAGCUGAGAUCAUGCCCCCAUUCCCCAAGGACAGCUCUGCAGAUAAGGAGACCUACCAGGAAACCCCUGGGACCAACCAGGAAACCCCUACAAUGGACCAGGAGACCCCCGGGACCAAUCAGGAGACCCCUACAGCCAACCAGGAGACCCCUGCAGCCAACCAGGAGACCCCUACAGCCAACCAGGAGACCCCUGAGACCCCUACAACCAACCAGGAGACCCCUGCAGCCAACCAGGAGACCCCUACAACCAACCAGGAGACCCCUACAGCCAACCAGGAGACCCCUACAAUGGACCAGGAGACCCUUACAAUGGACCAGGAGACCCCUACAGCCAACCAGGAGACCCCUGCAGCCGAGCAAGGGGCAGCCAACAGCCAGGCCAGGACGCCCGCUUACCCGGAGCUGUGUGACCACCUGGUUCCGGGGCACAGUUUGGACGUGGUGCCUGAUCCCAGUGAAUGGGACAGCAGGCCGGAGGCAGAACUUGUGGCCUGGGGAGCCGGGCACACAGACGAGCAGGAGGGAGCUUACCCAGACAAUCCUGCUCUGACCACCCUAGGGCCACCCUGGAGAGAGUGCCCUGCAGGUACCCCCCAGCCCCAGGAAGAGCCACAGGAAAGGCAUGGGCAAGCAGGAUGCAUGCAUCCCCAGGGGGCCCCCGGGUGGGAGGGACAGGGGCAGCAGGAAGUGGGGUUCCAAAAGGUGCAGGAGCUGACAGACAAGCAGGUUAAUGGGAGGAGGGGGGAGCAGAGGCAGAACGCUGAGCAGGGGCAGGAGGGCUUGGGGACUAGGGGGCUGGGAGGCCUGACUCAAGGCCAGUGGGGUCAGGAGGAGAAUGCGGCGAGGCCCCAGGGUCCGAGGCGUGGGGGCCAAGGAGAGGCAGGGGAGAUGCCGGGGCCAGAGGAGAAUGAGGUAGAUGCUCAGCCUGAGGAAAAGCUGGAGGAGGUGCCUGGGAAGCAGGAAGACCAGGGUCUGGGCAGGGAGCUGAUUCCAGUAGAGGAGUGGGGUGAGGAGGCAGGGGUGAGUGAGGGGGAAGAGGCAGGGGUAGGUGAGGGGGAGCCAGGGGACCAGGCUGGGGACCGGCUGGGGGCCGGGGAAGAGCAGGCAGAGCACAAUGGCCCCUCCACUGUGGCUCCCAGGCCCCCAGGCAUCCCUCCUCCCUGUGACGUGUUCUUCAAGGCCUCUUGUCCUAUAACUGGGGUUCCCCAGGCUCAGAUAGACUCCUGGGCUGGGGACAUGUCCCCAUCUAGCCCUGUCCCUGCCUGGGUGUCCUCUGACAAAGAUGCAUCUCAGAAAGGCCAGGGAGAGGGGCACAAGCAGGGGCCGGGGGCUAGAGCCAUCUCCGCCAGCACACUGGGGACACCCCCAUGGACACUGGACUCUGCUCCUGGCAGUCCCACUCAGGUCUCUCCCUGCUCAAUCACCUCAUUGCCCGCUAGCCCCGCAGAGGAGAUACGUCCUGCUACAGGAUCUCCAGAAGCUUCCAGAGCCUCUCUCUCCAUGGACAGUCCCAUUCUCUGUGAGGCUCUUGAGACCCCCAUGGCUACCCCCCGUGGCUCCCCCUCCACAGAGGCCACCUGGGACCUGUGCCCCAGCCCCUCAGGGUCCCGCCCACAGAGCUCCCUGGCCAGCCCCUCAGGGUCCCCCCUACAGAGCCCUGUGGCCGGCCCCUCAGGGUCCCCCCUACAGAACCCUGUGGCCAGCCCCUCAGAAGUUGGCCCGCACCUAAGGAGCAGCUCCUUCACUGGCCCCCCCCGGACCAAGCUCCCCCCGGACCUGGCAGCCAGGUCACUUUCUUUCUCCCACUCGGAGCCACCCCAGAGGCCCCCCAAACCUGCCAUCUAUGGCUCUGUGACCCCAAGGAGGAACAGGAGGAGUGGAAGGGACAGCAGCAUCACCCUGGAACCCCCGACGGCAUCACCCGCUCUAUGGCAGAGCCUGGGGGUGCCCCACUCCCAGCCUGAGGGGCCCGGUGGUGCCCACCCUUGCCAGCAUAGCUCAGCCCCAGCCCCACCCCUGGUCUCUGUAGAUAGGAGGGUCCCAGAGCCCCCACCUCCCCUGGAGAAGAGGCACGUUCUGUCCCCUACAGGGGAGAGAGACACCUGUCUCCAGACGAUGCCCCCGACACUGCAGCAGCCCAGCUAUCCAGCCCCCCUGGCCCUCGGCUCAGGGUUCCACGGCACCCCCAAGGUCCCAGCUGACCCCCUUGUGGCAAGACAGCUCCGGCCUCUGCCCUCCACCCUGGACUUACCCCAUUCUACUCAGACCUCUCUGCCCCCCAGGCACAGAUACAACAAGCCUUUGCCCCCGACACCCGAUGGCCCCCAGCCCCUGCCUUCCCCCAGCUCCUCCUCCAGGAGCCCCAGGACCUAUAAGCCACUGCCCCCCCUCCCCACCCUGGACCCUCCCACCGAGCCGCCCCCUCUGCCCCCUAAGGCCAGAGCCAGGAGCAGGAGCACUCAGAGGGCUCUCAUGAGUGCAGGGGGCCAGGCCAGGCUGAGGCCGGGGAGCCAGGACUGGUCAGCAGCCUUGGCCCCCUUGGCAGGCCACACCUCCUGGCCCCCCGCCACUGGCCUGUCCCCCAACCCCUUGGCGCCUGCCAGCAGGGGUAGGAGUGACAUGGCCCCCAGCAUGGCCUUCAGCAACGUGACGAACCUUCUGAGCCUCUCGUCCCCCACCACUGCCUGGCCCCCAGAGGAGGGGUCCUGGCUCACAGAGGAGACGGGGGGCCCCACCCGAGGACCCUCGAAGAGAGAAACCACUCAGGAGGGGGCCAACAGCCCUCAAGGAUCGGAGCUGGGCUGGGCGAGACCUCCAGAGAGACCUGGCCACCACCCCCUGGAGAAGUCGUCCAGCUGGCCCCACCGGCGAGACACGGGCAGACCUCUGCCAGGUGUCAGCGGGACAGCCCUCAGGGAGGGCCAUAGCAAGAGCAAAGGCUGGAACCGGCAGGGCCUGCGCAGGCCCUCCAUUCUGUCCGAGGAUGCUUCAGGUACAAGAGGUCCAGCCAUGGAACGGGCCCCUGGCCCCUCUGACACCAUAAUUUUCCGGGAGAAAAAGCCAAAGGAGGCAAGCGGAGGCUUCUCCAGGCGCUGCUCGAAGCUCAUCAACUCCUCCCAGCUGCUCUACCAGGAGUACAGUGACGUGUUCCUCAACAAGGAGAUCCAGAGUCAGCAGCGGCCGGACAGCCUGGCUGAGCCCCCCGGGCUCGCAUCCCCCCGGCAGCCCCGCAAGGCCCUGGUCUCCUCCGAGUCCUAUUUGCAACGCCUCUCCUCGGCCUCCAGCAGCUCGCUCUGGCAGGAAAUCCCCGUGGUGCGCAACAGCACAGUGCUGCUCUCCAUGACCCACGAGGACCAGAAGCUGCAGGAGGCCAAGUUCGAGCUGAUCAUCUCUGAGGCUUCGUACCUGCGCAGCCUGAACGUGGCCGUGGACCACUUCCAGCUGUCCACGCAGCUCCGGGCCGCGCUGUCCAACCAGGAUCACCAGUGGCUGUUCUCCCGUCUGCAGGACGUGCGUGACGUCAGCGCCACGUUCCUCUCUGACCUGGAGGAGAACUUUGAGAACAACAUCUUCACCUUCCACGUGUGCGACGUGGUCCUGAACCAUGCCCCCCACUUCCGCCGGGUCUACUUGCCCUACGUCACCAACCAGACCUACCAGGAGCGCACCUUCCAGAGCCUGCUGAACAGUAACAGCCACUUCCGAGAGGUCCUGGAGAGGCUGGAGAGCGACCCUGUCUGCCAGCGCCUCUCCCUCAAGUCCUUCCUGAUCCUGCCCUUCCAGCGCAUCACCCGUCUCAAGCUGCUGCUCCAGAACAUUCUGAAGAGAACACAGCCUGGCUCCUUGGAGGAGGCAGAGGCCACGAAGGCUCACCAUGCCCUGGAGGAGCUGAUCCGAGACUGCAACAGCAACGUCCAGAGGAUGCGGAGGACCGAGGAGCUCAUCUACCUGAGCCAGAAGAUCGAGUUCGAGUGCAGAAUAUUCCCACUGAUCUCACAGUCCCGCUGGCUGGUCAAGAGCGGGGAGCUGACAGCCCUGGAGUUCAGCGCAUCCCCAGGGCUGCGGAGGAAGCUGAACACGCGCCCCGUCCACCUGCACCUCUUCAAUGACCGCCUGCUGCUGUCUAGGCCCCGAGAGGGCAGUCGAUUCCUGGUGUUCGACCACGCCCCCUUCUCCGCUGUCCGUGGGGAGAAGUGUGAGAUGAAGCUGCACGGUGCUCACAAGAACCUCUUCCGGCUCUUCCUGCUGCACAACACCCAGGGCUCCCAGGCCGAGUUCCUCUUCCGCACGGAGACUCAAAGCGAGAAGCUCCGGUGGAUCUCAGCAUUGGCCUUGCCCAAAGAGGAGAUGGACCUCCUGGAGUGUUAUGACUCCCCACAGGUGCAAUGCCUUCGAGCCUAUAAGCCCCGUGAGAACGAUGAGCUGGCACUGGAGAAGGCUGAUGUGGUGAUGGUGACACAGCAGAGCAGUGAUGGCUGGCUGGAGGGCGUGAGGCUGUCGGAUGGGGAGCGAGGCUGGUUCCCACAGCAACAAGUGGAGUUCAUCUCCAACCGAGAUGUCUGCGCACGGAACCUGAAGGAAGCGCAGCGCGUCAAGACUGCCAGACUGCAGCUGGUGGAGCAGCAGGCCUAGCUGUCCU